AUGGGAACAACCAGUAGUAUCGCCAAGAAGACUACACCUCCAGAGCCUGAGCCAGACCAAGACUCUGAAAGUAAUUCAAGGAUAGGGACAGAGCAGAAACAAGAGCCAGGACGUGUUGUACCAGCACCGGAUUUUGAGAUGUUCCGGUUUCGGUCCGUGCCGGCCAAACCUGAAUCAGAGUCGGAAAAAGAACAAAAACCAGGAACAGGAAAAGAGAAAUCAGGACUCACAGAUGAUACUGAGGAGAUUCGUUUACGAUCAUCAUGUCAGCCAAAUUCAACCAAACUGUCAGGCAAGACAAGUCGAACAUCCUCAGUUUCAUCUCUGAGAAAAGCAUCACGAGAUGACAGCUCAAAGACAACUCCUCCUGGUGACUCUUCAAACGGAGACCUGAGUGUCCCUGAGAGCAGAGAUGAGGUCGAUGCCUCAUUUUACGACCCCAAGAUGAAGGAGAAAUACUUCGACUCCAUGACCAAGGAGACUAAAAAAGCACCAGAAAAGAAAGACACGGCAGUUCAAAUUCCAGCCAAGAAUGACGAAGAUCUCAGAGCGGCAAAAGCAUUGGUAAAGAAAUUCCCCAGCAUGCAAGACACCUUCUCUAAUUUUGACUCUGCAGCUGUGAAGUUAAGACAGAUUAUUCAGAAUCAGUUUUGUGCUAAUGAAUCCCAGGAGGAACUGAUCACAUUAGAGCAGUCAUUCUGCAUUUACGACCGGAUUGAAGAAAGACAGGCACUGGGAGACUACCUGACCUUAAUAGACAUACCACAGUUGCUGUAUAGUAAUUACGAUCUGAUCAUGAAAUCGCUGAAAUUAGAUCACUGGACCGAGACGAUACUGGAAGACAAAUCAGGCCUUCCAGAAAAAGAGUGCAUCUAUCGCAUCCGAAGCCUGCUGUGGAACUACACGGACGCCAGUACUCUGUUUGGGGAACAGCUUACCACCACUGGGAUAUUCCAGUGUUAUAUGAAGGAUCUGCAAGCAAUGAAAGAUGAUAUCUCAGAAACUAGGAAAAUCAGCUACAUCUUUGAAUCUGCAGUGUCAGCUAUUCACAACUGUUCCAAGAAUUUAGCUAAUCAUCACCAGUUUCACAAACUUGAAGUAGUGAAUCACAUCAUUCCUUACCUCAAAUGUAAUUCGCCAAAGGUGAAAAUGAUUGUACUGCUGACAUUGUCCUAUAUCAUCAGUGAGGAUGAGAAUGAGUUACUUCUAGCCGAUGAAAACGUGCACUCAUUUCUCAUCAAGUAUUUAUGUAAGGCUUGGAAUUCUUUCGACCACCGCUUUGAUGGGUUUGCAGUCGAUGAACUUGUUGCAGGCUUGAUGGGGUUGGCAAAAAACGAUACAAACAAGAAACUGUUGAUGGAAAAUGGAGCACUUCCUAUUUUGUCUGCCAUCAUGAAAUCUGGAUCUGAUGCAGAAAAGAAGCCGGCCAUUGAAUGUAUUUGGGAAUUGUCAUUCAAUAAAGAAAACCAAAAGACCAUUCUAGCAGACAAGGAAGUGGUGAAUCUGUUGACGGACCUCAGCAAGUCCGAUCAGAAGGUAAUCGCGAAGGCAGCAAGUGGCGCCCUCUGGGUCCUUGGUGCUCAAGAAAGGUCCAAGAAGAAACAAGAGGAGGCCAAAAAGAGCAAAACCAGCCCCGAGAAGAAAAUUGCAGAUCACAUUAUGAUGAGCUAUGCUUGGGCAGAUCAAAAGAAAGUCAUUCAAGUGAAGGAAUAUCUGAGGAGAUCUGGGUUUCAUAUCUGGAUGGAUAUCGACAACAUGGGUGGUUCUACUCUCCAGGCAAUGGCUGAGGCAGUUGAACAGUCAGCAGUGGUUCUUAUCUGUAUGUCUGAUCGCUACAAGCAGAGUCAAAACUGCAGAAAUGAGGCCGAGUAUGCAUUUUCGAUGAAGAAAGACAUUGUCCCUCUUCUGAUGGAGCGCGGCUACCAACCAGACGGCUGGCUAGGAAUGAUCAAGGGAACGAAGCUGUUCUUUGAGUUCAGCGGCAAGUACCCAUUUGAGAAGAAGAUAGAAGAUCUGGUGAAGGAGCUUGGAGCUCGAGGAAAGACUCUCUCAGAGGGAGUUCCAGGGGUGGAAAACCAAAUUGCAGUUAUUAAAUCUGCCCCACUGCAGGCUGGGAAGGGAGCAACGGUCGCCGAGUGGUCCAUCAAGGAUGUUCAGAACUGGCUGGAGAAAAACAAGCUAACAUCGUCAAGCAACAGUGCCCUGAAGAAUUUGACUGGAGAGCAGUUAGAGUUCCUACUUAAACUGUCACACAGGGCUCCAGAAUUCUAUUUUGGUUACAUUGAGAGGAAGCUUGGCUUGAACAGUUUAGAAGAAAUGAUGAAGUUUUCAAAAGCUGUUGACAGAUUAUAACUAAAA